AUGUCGGCGCCUAUCGCACUACUGUCGGUGUACGACAAGACCGGACUCUUGGAGCUUGCCCAGGAGCUCUCCGGAGCAGGUGUGCGUCUCCUUGGUUCGGGAGGAACCGCAAAGAAAAUCCGCGAUGCCGGAAUUGCAAUCGAAGAUGUCUCCGACAUCACGAAGGCACCUGAGAUGCUGGGUGGUCGCGUGAAGACGCUUCAUCCCGCUGUCCACGGGGGCAUCCUCGCUCGUAAUAUCGACAGUGAUCAGAAGGAUCUUGCCGCUCAGGGCAUCGCCCCAAUCUCCAUUGUUGUGUGCAACCUCUAUCCCUUCACCUCUACAAUCGCGAAGCCGGAUUGCACCCUCGCCGAUGCUGUUGAGGAGAUUGACAUUGGAGGUGUGACGCUUCUGCGUGCAGCCGCAAAGAACCAUGCCCGCGUGUCUAUCCUGUCUGACCCCUCCGACUACGCCGAGUUCGUCGCCGCCUGGAAGAAGGGGAACGGCGACGUCGGCCAAGCGUUGCGCAGCCAACUCGCUUUGAAGGCGUUUGAGAUGACGGCCGAGUACGACGGCGCAAUCAGCGGUUACUUCCGUGAACAGUACGCGGACGCGAACGGCGGAGACAAGCUUGUGGCGCCCGUUCAGCGUGUGGCUCUCCGUUACGGCGCGAACCCGCAUCAAAAGCCUGCGCAAGCGUUCGUCACUGAGGGUGAACUUCCGUUCAAAGCUCUUUGCGGAUCACCGGGGUACAUCAAUCUUCUGGACGCCCUCAACUCCUGGGCCCUCGUGAAGGAGUUGCAAGAGGCGCUGAACCUUCCGGCGGCUGCCUCCUUCAAGCACGUCUCUCCCGCCGGAGCUGCCGUCGGCCUUGAGCUCAGUGAUGUCGAGAAGAAGGUGUACGGUGUAGAUGAUCUCAAGGAGCCGCUGACUCCUCUUGCGUCGGCGUACGCGCGGGCACGCGGAGCGGACCGCAUGUCAUCCUUUGGCGACUUCAUCGCGCUUUCUGCGCCCUGCGAUCUUGCCACCGCUAAGAUCAUCUCUCGGGAGGUAUCUGACGGUGUCAUCGCACCCGGAUACGCCCCUGAGGCUCUCGAUGUUCUAUCGAAGAAGAAGGGCGGGAAGUACUGCGUUUUGCAGAUUGACCCUAAGUACACGCCAUCCGAGGUUGAGACCCGCCAGGUGUAUGGCAUCUCCUUGCAGCAGCGCCGAAACGACGCGAAGAUCACCCCCGCUUUGUUCUCGAGCCUCGUCACCCAGAACAAGGAACUCCCUGAGCCCGCGGUCAUCGACCUCAUUGUCGCCACACUGGCGUUGAAGUACACGCAGUCGAACUCGGUCGCAUAUGCCUACCACGGAUCCAUCAUCGGGCUCGGCGCCGGUCAACAAUCCCGCAUUCACUGCACGCGCCUUGCCGGCUCGAAGGCCGACAACUGGUGGCUUCGUCACCACCCUCGCGUUCUUGCCCUUCCUUUCAAGAAGGGUGUUAAGCGCGCGGAGAAGGCGAACGCCAUCGACCUGUUCGUCGGUGGUGAGGUCUUAGAGGGCGGCGAGAAGGCACAGUGGGAGUCCAUGUUCGAACAGGUGCCCGAGCCGCUUUCUGCCGAGGAGCGCGCCAGCCACGCGAAGCAGCUCACCGGCGUUGCUUGCUCGAGUGAUGCCUUCUUCCCUUUCCCCGACAACGUUCACCGCGCACGCAAGAGCGGUGUCACGUACCUUGCCGCACCCUCGGGAAGCGUCAUGGAUGCCGAGUGCAUCAAGGCUGCCGACGAGCACAGGAUGGUGUUUGCCCACACCUCGCUGCGCCUCUUCCACCAUUAA